AUGGUUACAUCACCAUGUGGGCCAAAAUGGGCCAAAAAAGCGCCCCCAAGUCCUACUAAGCUCCCCUGGGCAACCCCUGAGGCCUUCCACAGAUACCUCAAGAAACUCCACAGUUAUCACCCAGCACCCAAAAUCAACCUUUCUGAGCGCUCCCAACUGUCCUGUUUCAACUUUGAAGAUCCUCAAGACCCCUUAGGAUUAUUACUACUAGAAGAUUUUACCUCUUGGCAUCACGAGGGGUGCUGGGGGCAAGCAUCAUUUGCACUCACCCCACUUCUACAGUGCUACACUUCCCACAAAAACACUUGUGUCACACAAACUGCUUUUGAAAACAAUCAUUUAUCACUUCCUGACAAAGGAAAAUCCAUGGAAUGGGGAUUGGGGAUGGAAAAUUUUGUGAAGCAAACCAACAGCAGUCCAAAAUUCUGCUCUUCUUCAGUUUAUCCUCCAAAAGGUCCCCAGCAUUUGGAGAGGCUUUAUGUUCUUGUUCACAAUAAUGUUUGGUCCCAGUAA